AUGGCUACAUCAAAUUUAACUAUUGAUGAUUUAUCGAAAGAUGGUCAUUCAGCAAAGGUUAUUCAUUCUGAACCACUUGAUUACACAUUUCAAUCUACAGAACCAAUCAAUUAUUCAGAUACUCAUACUCAAGUUCAUCAACCUCAAUCAACGUAUAAUAUUGCUUCUUCGUCACCUUCUAGCAACCUCAAUCGAAAUAUAAUUGAGUCAACAAGUAGUAUAGUUCAAACAAUAAAUGGACCAAAUCUGGUUAUUCCAGAAUUGAUUAAUAAUAUCAAUAUUGUACAAUGUGCUACAGUUCAAUUUAACGACACAAACUUCAGUGCAUCUAUAAAAUUAUUUCAACGUCGUUUAUUAUCAUCAAAAUUACAUGCUUUUCCUGAUCAGAAAUUAAUAAAUGAAGAGACAUUGAUUCAUCUAGGUCGUAGAUUGAAGUUAACAAAUGAUCAUGUUAUACUAAUUCACUUGUAA